GGUCGAAUCGGUCGGGAUUGUGGAGAGGCGAAUGGCCACCUUUUUCAUGAGAGCAGGAGGUCGCUGUCGCCUCUUUCUCUGGGAGGGAUGCUCAGAUUGGACCCACAGAUUGACCCAGCGCCUCGUGUGAUUUAGCCGGGCUCGAGAGCUGGUCGCGGUCGGAGAUAUGUGCUUCAUGGUAGGCUCGAUUUUGGCUUCCAUGGCUGGUGGGGGAGUUGUAUUCCUGGGUUCCACGGAGUCCGGUGGAAGUGAUUGCCUUUGCCUUCACUCGAUUUCGAGGUCUUGCACGUAAGAGGAAGAGGCGGACUCGCAGAGUCGCAGCCGCUAGCUGCGGUUGAUUCACUGAAUGAAUGGUCUGGGAAUUCAUCCGAUGGAGUUCUGUGCGUCGGUUUUGCCUCGGAGUCCGCUCUAUACUGCUAGGAUCGGUUCCGCGGAGGAGGAUCAUUGUACGAGGUUAUGGCUGGAUAAAGUGCACGUGAGUGUUGACGCACCCCUUGGGAAAUUGGCGCAUAGCAGCGGAAUUCAUCUUUUCGUACGCGCGGGAGCGAAAACGAAAAAAGCUCUGAGAGACGCUCUAGAAAGGGAGAAGGAGAAGGAAUAUCAGAGAGAAAAGAGAGAACUUCUAGCACAGGUACGAAAUAGGAAGAAGCUAGCAUGGCUGCAGCGCGAGCAAGUGUUGUCUCAAGAUGAAUGUGAAGUACAAAAAGUUUGGCCCUUUUGGAGGAAAAAGAAAAAGUCUGAGCUGGAUGACAGGGCGAUGACCAAAGAGAUCGUUGAGCUUAGUAAGAAACAGCAACUUGAUCAGGUGUUUAAACUGAUCGAAGAGGCGAAGAAAGAGAAAGAGGGCUGGACACCCAAUAUAAUCAUAAUGAAUACAGUAGUUGCUGCUUGUGUCCGCUGUCAUGAUAUUGAUAGGGCAAUUCAAGUCUACCAGGAGAUGAUAGAAGAUAAUGGUUGUGGGGUUGAUAAUGUGACAUAUGGCACGCUCCUGAGGGGACUUGGUGAGGCACGCAGGCUGGAUGAUGCAUUUGAGCUAGUUGAAACAAUUGUAGGGGGCCAAGCCCCCGGCAGUCCUAAGCUAACUGAUGUGCAUUUGAAUACCCUCGUCAAUGCCUGCGUUGAAGCAGGCGACUCUCUUCGGGCGAAAGGUGUACUGCUACGAUAUCGCUCCUCGGUUUCAAAGACGGGCCCUUCUACACUAACUUACAAUUUGUUGAUAAAGGGUUGUGCCAGGUCGGAUAAACCUCUAGAAGCGUUAAAGCUCAAGGAGGAGAUGAUCAAUCAAGGGUUGCAGCCUCAGAGAUUGACAUACAACUCAUUAAUUUUUGCCUGUUUGAAAGGAGGUGAUAUGGACCAAGCCUUUGAGCUGCUGAAGGAGAUGAAACUUGAGGCCAGGAGACUAAACACAUCUAGGCUGCUCCCGGACGUUGUAACGUACACUACUCUUUUAAAGGGAGCAGCUCAUGGUAAUAUUGAUAGUGUGCUAAAGCUUGUGGCGGAAAUGAAGAGGUCUCCCACUGUUGUAUUGGAUCGGAUCGCUUACACGGCUAUAAUUGACGCCUGCAUCGCAGCUCAAGCUCCUGAAGAGGGAUUACGUUUUCUUGAGGAGAUGAAAGAGUUAGCGAAGAGUGACCCGCAUAUGAAGCCCAAGUCUCAUGCUUUCCUCGCUCUCAUGAGAGCUUAUGCGGAGAACGGAGACAUCGAAAUGGUCAGAAAUUUAAAGCAGCAGAUGGUGCCUCUGUCCGCUGGCAAUGUUACUGCAGAGGACCGUGCUCAGGCCGAUGAACUUCUGAUAGAGGCCGCUGUUAAUCUCGGGCAGGUUGGUUUAGCGAGGCAACUUUUGAGGACAAUGGUCGGUUUGAAAAAGGGAAUCCCUUUGACUAACCGGGCGCACAUGGUUUUGGUGCGCCUGCAAACUCUCGUGGGCUUUGGUGACAACCUUUUCAAGCCUUACAUGCUUAAAGCAGGGAUAUCUCCCUAUGACACAGUGGAAAGUAUAAUGGUACCGUAUGAAGAAGCAAGACCGCUACUUGCAGAAACAAACAUCAAGACAGUCAUGAUGCGGUUCUUCAAGGAAGACGCCAUACCUGUAAUCGAUGAACAAGGAGGAUGCGUUGGUGUUGUUUAUUCAGAGGACAUUUUUGAGAUUGAUGUGAGAUUACGAGAUGUAAUGAGAGGGCCUCCUCCUGACGUUACGACUUCAACACUUAUUUUAAGGGCAGUUGGACUUUUGUUAGAACCCCAAAUAAAACUUCUAGCCGUCGUUAGUAGUCGAACUGUGUACUCCUCAACCAAGAAUACCUCGAGGGAGCUUCCGUUGGGCUUCAUAACUCGUGACACAAUUUUCAGCUUGGGUCAAUGUCAACCAAUAGCCGAGGCCUUGCGAACGCAGCAGGUGUCUGAGCAGAGUGUACAAACGUAGUCCUUAUGAAAGUGUAAAUUUUGUUCAUGAUCUGAUAAAUUGAUUACUUACUAUUUAACAACCUUCUUAUAUCUUC